AGAGACUCCGCAAUACAGCGGCAUGAUACUGUAAGAAUUCCUCAGUGACGGGUCAAAGUGAUCAUCCGGAGUAAAUAAGAACUCGAGCCAAUUCGAUUGCACGGCAUUUAUUCCGUUAUUUAUUUCUUCCGUCUUCAUUUUAUUAUUAUAAUGAAGACACUAACUGUACGGCUUGUCAGGCUCGAUCAGCAGGUGCCCGCAGGAAUACGUCGUUCACCGAGGAACUUGCCGCAGCAUCUGAAGGAAAAAUUAGAGCAAGAACAUCCGAAACCUGAGAAAGAACCUAACGUAAAGACUUUGCCACCAAUUGUCUACAAGGGGAAUAUUCACUAUGUUAAUGACUUCUUUGAUUGCGCCCAAAUCUGUGAUAAUCUCAUACAAAAGGUGAAAUCUAGCGAAAAAGAGAUUGUGCCAAUAGGUUUUGAUUUGGAGUGGCCUUUCAGCUUCCAGACUGGCAGUGGAAAGACAGCAUUAGCACAGAUCUGUCUGGAGGACAGUGUGUGUUAUCUCUUACAUAUUUAUUCACUAAAAAAGCUUCCGGCAGCUUUCGUUGAACUCUUGUGUCAUCCAAAAGUUAAGCUUGUUGGUGUCGCCAUUAAAAAUGACGUACGAAAGCUUGGAAGAGAUUUUAAGGAGUUUCCUGCUCAGAAGGUGGUAGAAAACAAUUGUCUGGACUGCGGGCCGUAUGCUAAUCAAGUAUUGAAGCGAUCUUGUCGUUGGAGUUUGGAAAGAUUGACCGCUUAUUUGUUGAAGAAGAAAAUUGACAAGAAUCCUGAAGUGCGAAUGAGCAAGUGGCAUAUACAACCCCUUAGCGACGCACAAAAGAAUUAUGCAGCCACGGAUGCUUACGUAUCUCUUCUGCUUUACACGACAAUUCAGGCAAAGGCUGCUGCUCUAGAAAAGCAAAGUCAAAAUGAUGAGAAUUCGGCAAAGCUCUUAUCCUAGCGAAAUUGUCUUUAAAUAAUAUCUGAAUUUAACGUUACAAAAUCCGCAGAAUACAUUGCGAUUAAUAAUAAUUCUAUUGGUCCUUUGUCAUACAAGAUUGGUCAACAUCCGAAGAUCUUAUCAUUAUCAUCAAGCGUUGGAAUAAACUAAAAAAUAAGCUAUUUUUGUAAAGAACAAAUUGGCCUGGUGAAAAUUUGGAAAAAGGAAUGCAUAGAGGGAAAAUGAGACUUGACAAAUUUUUAUAUGUUUGGAGAUGCUGUAAGAGAAAUUUGUAUAUUUAUAAAUUAUAAACAAUCAUGUAUAUAAUUACGCGUUACUAAAACAGUAAUUUUUAUAAUUUGAUGAAAUGCGCGCGCUGAAAAAGAGAAAAAAAAGAAAGUGCGUGCGUGAGUAGAAGUGGACAAGUGCUAUUUAUUUUUGUGCUAAAUGCUAUUGUUAGGAAUGUUAAAAUAAGACAUCCGAAAGAUAUCAUUAAUAUUAGAAUCAUUAAAUUUAUAUAUUUGUAUCGAUGUAACAAUUAAUUUAUAUACAAAUAACGAUUGAUCCUUUGUAAUGUGGUUCGAGAUC